GAGAUCAAACAUCGAACAGUUAAGCUACAUACAGAGAUGGGAGGCGGCGGCGGCAGAGGCAGAGGAGGUUCUCGCACUCAGCGACGCCACUUCCGUCAGAACCGAGAGAACGUUUGGAAGCGUUCCAAGUCUGAUCCUUCGUCUGAAAACAACAAUGAAAACAACGCAGAAAAUCGUGGUUGGGAGCCGUUUGCCACUCAAAACCUCGCAUUCGAUGAAUAUUACAAGGAGCAAGGGAUAGUGAACCCAGAAGAGUGGGAUGCAUUCAAUGAAGUUCUUCGAAGGCCGUUGCCUGCUGCUUUUAGAAUCAAUUCAAGUAGCCAAUUUUGUUCGGAUAUCCGAAGGCAGUUGGAGAAUAACUUUAUGAUCUCUUUGCAAUCUGAGAUAAGUGAAGGGGGUGAACCACAGCCUAUUAGGCCAUUACCUUGGUACCCCGAGAAUCUAGCUUGGCAUUCAAAUUUUUCUCGCAUGCAACUGAGGAAGAACCAAACACUUGAGAGGUUUCAUGAGUUCUUAAAGCUUGAAAAUGAGAUCGGAAACAUCACAAGACAGGAGGCUGUCAGCAUGGUACCUCCACUAUUCCUUGAUGUACGCCCAGAUCAUUUUGUACUCGAUAUGUGCGCUGCACCAGGUUCAAAAACAUUCCAAUUGCUUGAGGUAAUACACCGAUCAAUGAAACCAGGAUCUCUACCUGAUGGAUUGGUUGUAGCAAAUGAUCUUGAUGUCCAAAGAUGUAAUCUACUCAUCCAUCAAACAAAAAGAAUGUGCACAGCCAACUUGAUAGUCACAAAUCAUGAAGCUCAACACUUUCCUGGUUGCCGGGCAAAGUCUAGUGCUUCUGAAAUAGGAGCUGAAAUGGAGCCACCUAUCAGCCAACUUGUCUUUGAUCGUGUUUUAUGUGAUGUCCCUUGCAGUGGAGACGGUACCCUUCGCAAGGCUCCUGAUAUCUGGAGGAAAUGGCAUGCUGGACUGGGCAAUGGGGUUCAUCCUCUACAAAUUCACAUAGCUAUGCAAGGUUUAUCACUGCUUAAAGUUGGCGGAAGAAUGGUGUACUCUACCUGCUCCAUGAAUCCAGUUGAAAAUGAAGCUGUGGUUGCUGAGAUUUUGCGGAGAGGUGGUGGGUCUGUUGAGCUUAUUGAUGUCUCUAGUGAGCUUCCGCAUCUUGUUCGGAGGCCAGGUCUUAAAAAAUGGAAGAUACAUGACAAGGGUAGGUGGUUACCUUCCCACAAAAAUGUCAGCAAAUAUCGGAAAAAUGUCAUUGUUCCCAGCAUGUUUCCUUCUGGAAGAAGCUUUACAGAACCAACGGACGGUAAUGAUAAUAUGGAAGUGGAAGAAAAACAUGAGAAUGGUGGCAAUGGAAAUGUUGAAGAUGCAUUGCAGUCAACUGAUGAUCCUGCUAACUGUACCAACGAACAAGAGGAGGAAGUUUCUGAUUUUCCACUAGAACGCUGCAUGAGGAUAGUCCCCCAUGAUCAAAAUGGAGGAGCUUUCUUCGUUGCUGUCUUCCACAAACAUUCUGCUUUGCCAGCCAAUCAGGGGAAACCUAAUAGUCUGAAAGAGGACUUGGGCUCUAGAAAUGACGAGCCGCAGGUAGAAUUACAAAAUCAGGGUACUGAAGGUACAAAUGGGAUGGUGGCUAGUUUGGAAGAUGGUACAGAUGAGACUUUUUUAGAAGCAGCUUCAGAGGUAGAGUUAAUAAAGGAAGAACUAGAUGGGGCGUCUUUGGAGCUUGAUCCUUCUGUCACGCUUGAAGAAAAUGUAUCGGAGGAAGCCCAGGAGCCUGUUGAUGAGGAAACAGAUCCCAAGAAAGCUGGAGGAAAGAGAAAGAAGCAGUGUCAAGGCAAGUGGAGAGGAGUGGACCCUGUUGUUUUCUUUAAAGAUGAAGCUACCAUUAAUAGCAUAAAGACAUUCUAUGGCAUUAAUGAAUCGUUUCCCUUCAAUGACCACCUUGUCACAAGAAACACCGAUGCUAAUCAUGUGAAAAGAAUUUACUACAUCUCAAAGUCAGUCAAAGAUGUUCUUGAGCUGAAUUUCUCCGUUGGACAGCAACUUAAGAUAACAUCCAUUGGGCUUAAGAUGUUUGAACGACAAACUGCAAGAGAAGGAAAUUUGGCGCCUUGUUUAUUCCGGAUAUCAUCAGAAGGAUUGCCACUUAUUCUUCCGUACAUAACCAAACAGAUUCUAUGUGCAUCCCUCGUCGACUUUAAACAUCUUCUUGAGUAUAAAUCUAUCAAGUUUGCUGAUUUUGUUGAUUCUGAGUUCAGUCGGAAGGCAUCAAGCAUAAUGUCAGGAUGCUGUGUGAUAGUUUUGAGUAAAGAUGGCAAAGCCACAUCGGGUCCUAUUGAAGUAGACAAGUCAACAAUAGCCAUUGGAUGCUGGAAAGGUAGGUCCAGUUUGUCUGUGAUGAUCACUGCAAUUGACUGCCAAGAACUGCAAGAAAGGCUUUUGGCGCGCAUGGAAACUGAGAAGGAGCCUUCGGAGAAGAAAGACAAGGCUUCUAAUGUCAACAGGGAUGAGGUACAGGACGUAAAGGAUGUUGAAAAGAACGUUGACAAGGAAAGUAUCACACUUGCAUCAGAGGGUUAAGCGAUAAACUUCCAGAAUUCCAAACUUGCAUUGUUGUACUCUAAUUAGAUAAAUUAACACAGGUGUUGUAAUUUAUGGCAGGAAUUCAUAUUGAUUCUUUACUGCCUCCUACAAAAUUGGAAUUUCAUUUUUUUUUAACAUCGAAUAUAUCUUUGUAUUUGUGGUCUAGUAUAUUGUUACUAAUAGGCAGUGGCUUUGAUCGCCAAGUUUGUAAUCAUAAAUGCUCUUAACCACGUAA